UCUGGCACAGCCUCGCCAUGAACUGCGGCAACUGCUCCCAGCCCCAGAUCCUCUGCAGCUCUGAGCAGCUAUUCCUGCAGCCCCUCUGGGACCGCCUGAGGACCUGGGAGGCCCUCAUCCAGUCGCCCGUCUUCCCGGUCAUCUUCUCGAUCACCACCUACGUGGGCUUCUGCCUGCCCUUCGUGGUGCUGGACGGCUUGUGCCCCUCGGUGCCCGCGCUGCGGCGCUACAAGAUCCACCCCGACUUCUCGCCAUCCGCGCGGCAGCUGUUGCCCUGCCUGGGGCAGACGCUCUACCAGCACGUGGUGUUCGUGUUUCCCGCGACGCUGCUGCACUGGGCCCGCAGCCCGGCCCACCUGCCCCGCGAAGCUCCCGAGCUGCUCCAGCUGGUGCACCAUGUCGUGUUGUGCCUGCUGCUCUUCGACACCGAGUUCUUCUUGUGGCACCUGCUGCACCACAGGCUGCCCUGGCUGUACCGCACCUUCCACAAGGUGCACCACCAGAACCCGUCCUCAUUCGCGCUGGCCACGCAGUACAUGAGCAUCUGGGAGCUGUUUUCCUUGGGCUUCUUCGACAUGGUGAACGUCACGCUGCUCGGGUGCCACCCGCUCACCGUCCUGACCUUCCACGUGGCCAACAUCUGGCUGUCAGUGGAGGACCACUCCGGCUACGACUUCCCGUGGUCCACUCACAGACUGGUGCCCUUCGGGUGGUACGGGGGCGUGGCGCACCACGACCUGCAUCACACUCAGUUCAACUGCAACUUCGCCCCUUACUUCACACACUGGGACAAAAUACUAGGAACUCUGCGCCCCGCGCCAGUGCCCGCGUCGUGACGUGGCUGUGGUGGGUGCCUCUUUGCCUUUCACACUUGAAUCAGGAGAAACACACCUGAGCUAUUUUUUUUAAAGCAACUAACUUAUUAACUGAUGAAAAUUGUUAUAGAUAAAAUCUGAUGGAUUUUUGCAUUCUGACAAAGUAAUUUAUAUAAUGUUGUAUAUUAAUACAGUUGUAUUUUUGGUGUUAAAUUCUAGCUCACUUCAAUAGCCUUGGUUCCUGGUUAUAAAUGAGGCAUUCAUCACUAGCAUAUUGAAAUCAUCUCUAAAAGGAUUUGUUUGUAGAAUAAGGAAUUCUUAGGUUUGAAAGUGCCCUAGAACCUGGCUAAAAGAACAUAUUUUUAUGGAAGAUCUUGACUUCUGACUCUAAAAAUAGUGAAACAUGUUCCUGCUGGACAGUGACCAAGAUUAUAGCAUUUUUUUCUAUUUUUUCAUAGAGCUGUAUAUUUAUUUUGAAAGAAAUGUUAUUUGUGCUUUAAGAAAGAAAAAAAUAAGAAAAUGAACCAAAUAAGU